CCAAGCCAAAACAUUUGCUGUUCUUUUUUUCCACACGCUCUUGGUUGUCCCCUCCCUAAUCAAUUACAUAAUAUGUUGAAUUUUGGGGACGAGUUCACCUUAGAGGGUUACAGAAUCCCAUGGCUCAUAUGGAUUCAACUCAUGGUGUUGCUUCUUCUUCUCUUCGCUCUCCUCUUUUCCUUCACCAUCAUUCCUGUUGAUCCCUCCUCACACGACACUGCUGCUUCUGCAUCUACCACUCACAACAACCAUUCCAGCUCUGUAACCAACCCUCUUCUCAACACGCGGGGGGUAGAGAACCUUAGUGUUAAAGGUGAGAUAGAAACAAGCGCAAGCACAGGGAUAGUGAGAGAAGAGAAUGCAGUGGGGGAGGCUUCAUCAUUGUAUUUCCUCCACCCUUGCUAUUAUUUCAAAUUAGCCAGACUAGCAUUUCUCAAAUGUCUUGGCCUUGAUUCUACAUCUGAAUCUGAUAGUCCUUCAACCCAAAAGCGUAGGAAAAGAAAAGAAAGCUGAUUAUGAAAAUUAUGUUCUCGUCAUUUAUGCAAAAAGAAAGUUUCUCAUGAUUCUGAGCAGCUUCCUGAUUAAUUUUCCUAGUUCUUUUCUUGGGCUUUGGUUCUCCAUAAUUUUGCGUUACAGAAGGAAGCUUCCGUCUUUAUGGGGUAAUGAUUCUUCCAUUAUUUGACACCAUGAGAAUCGGAAAUGGAAGCAAAAUUUUAAAGUGGAAGUUGCACAAACAAAUUCGAUAUAAAUUUCUUAUAAACUAACUUCAAUUUUUUUCUGGAAGUUCAAAUUAGUUCACUAAUAAUUAGUGAGUGGAUAAGUAUAUAUGCAAAUAUCAUUUCUCAGCAUCAGAUGACUCUGAC